AACCAUCUCAAAUAUUAAUUUGGAAAGCUUUUCAGGUUUCUCUGAUCCCUAGCUAUAAAUUAUGCCUGAAAUUCCUUCUCCACAUGGUGGUACUUCGUCGUCAUUGGACGGCGAAACUCUCGACUGCCGCUUGUUGGAGCUGCGAAACGCCUCGUCCGACGAACAUGACGAUCGGGGAGAAAUGUCCGACGAAAGUGAUGGUGAAACAUAUCCUGUGCCGCCGCCGAAAAUACAUGUUUCAUACCACAUGCUGGCUCACCAUGCUUCUGGAUGUCCAACCUUUCAUCGAAGAGAUGCUAUACCAAGUCACUAUUUGCUCAAAAUCGAAUCCUUUUCAUCACUUUCGAAAUUAGCUUCAGUAGACAAUUACCGUUCUGAGUUUGAAGCUGGAGGCUACAAAUGGGAAGUAUCUAUAUAUCCAACUGGUGACAAGAAAAAUGGUGGGCAAGAUCACAUUUCUGUGUUCUUGAGACUGCUGAAUACUAAUUCUCUUCCCGUUGGUUGGGAAGUUAAUGCAAUCUUUACUUUCUUUGUUUUUGAUCAGAUUCGAAACGAAUAUGUUUCUUCGCAAGAUACAAAAGUAAUAUGGCGUUACCAUUCAAUGAAGACUAGGUGGGGCAUUCAAAAAUUUAUUGAUCUAGAGACUUUCAGUGAUCGAUCAAAUGGAUAUCUCGUCAAUGGAACCUGUACUUUUGGGGCAGAGGUUUUCGUGGUCAAAAACACAUUUAAAGGGGAGUGUUUAUCAGCGAUAGACGAGCCUAUUACUUGCACGCAUACUUGGAAGAUCGAUUCCUUUUCAAGCAUGACACUUGAACGCUAUGAAUCCAAUUUGUUUGUUGGUGGAGACUACAAAUGGAGGAUUGUGCUCUAUCCUUACGGAUUCGGAGAGGGCAAGGGGAACAGCCUUUCAUUGUUUUUGCAACUGGACAUUUCAACACUUCCUUCCAACACAAAAUUGUUUGUCAGUAAUGUCCUCCGUCUGAAGCACCAAAUCAGUGGCAAAGAUUUUGAAGAAAAAGCCAGCAAUUUAUUCACGUCCUCAGCUGCUUGGGGUUUUCGUCAGUUCAUGUCCUUAGCAAAAUUUAAACACCCAGAAAAUGGAUAUUUGGUUGGUGACACCUGCACCAUAGAGGCUCAGUUUGAAGUGCAACAGUCAUACUGGUGA